CUUUGUGCUAUAGCAUGAUUCAAAACCUCGCCAUGACUGUUUGCUCUCAUUUACCUACAAGAUAAAGAGCGGUCUUACUCAGUUUCAGUUGAGUUUCAGCUCUCCCAGUGAAAGCCACAGCCAGUUUUUUUCCUGAGAAAUGGCCCCCAACAUGGUCUUUCGGAAUCGUCGGUUCUCCUGCUUCCUGCUCUUCGUUUUGUCCUUUAGCCGUGGGGUGUGUGUGGAGGUGACUGUACCACGUGAUCCCGUGAUGCAGCAGAAAGGUGCAAACGUGGAAAUUCCCUGCCACUAUAAAACAUCUGUUGGCAAAGGCUUUGUUUUGGAAUGGAGGUUUGCUACUGGUUCAACGUCUCCUGAUGCUGGAACACAGAUUCUGUAUUUUUCAAAUAAUAUGCUCUACAAACCAGGCGUGCAGGCCGAACGGCUAAGCCUCCUUCAUGCCCCCCCCACACUGGGGGAUGCUUCCAUCCGGUUGAACAACCUCCGUGCAUCAGAUGCUGGCACUUAUGUCUGCGAAGUGAACAACCCGCCAGAUUUCUCUGGCACCGGUUCUGGGCUUGUGAGUCUCAUAGUUUUAAUGCCACCAUCUACACCAGUCUGUAAAGGGACCACCUCUGCUGCUAUUGGGUCGGAUGUCACUUUCUCCUGCAAUUCUUCUGAAGGUGUGCCUCCCCCAAUUUAUUCCUGGACCAAGCUGGAUUCUAAACAGCCACUUCCUCCUUCCAACAUGGUGCAAAACCAAGAAAAGGGAACUCUCAUACUGACCAACCUCACACUUCAGUUUUCUGGCACUUAUAUCUGCACUGCCUCCAAUGAGUUUGGACAUCAUAGUUGCCAAAUAUCUCUCCAUGUGUCAGGCAUUGGGAAAGCUGGAGCUGUUGCAGGUGCCCUGAUCGGGGCCAUCUUGGCCCUAUUCCUGCUUGGAGCCAUCGUCCUCUACAUUUUGCACUACAGGAAAAAUAAAAUGGCUAAGAAGAAGCCUCAGUCCGAAUACAGUGGAAAUGAAAUAAGGGAGGAUGACACUGCUCCUGGAAUCUUCAAGCCCCUGGAGAGAAGGAACAGUAAAUCAGAAAGCCAACACCUGGAAAAUGUCUCUUCUAGACCUGGAUCGGUCAGCACAACCAAAUCCCAACUAAAGAACCUCAUUGUCUGAAUUUGCAUUGCUGUUUUUCCUCUUAAAAGGCCAGCUCUGUUUUACUGCAGUGAAAGUGUGUUUCAUCUGAAAAACUCACCCCAUCCAUGUUGAGGUAGCCUUCAUUCACCAAUCCUAAUCUUCCAGCUGUAUUGGCAUCUGCUAAGUUACUUUUCUGGAGGUUUGUUUCAGGUUUGAUUAGUUUGUGAUGCUUCACUAGCACUGUUUGCUUUUGGCCUGUGUCCCUGAAGAAGUUAUGCCAAGAGAAUGUAACCAUCCACAUGAAAAAAUGAAAAGAAAAAAGCAGAUUCCCCAUCUCAACUUCAUUUGUUGUUUCUUAGCCAGACUGAAUGUGCAAAAGUCUAACUCCUAUCUCCUGUGCUAGUAAGAAUGUGGUUCAACAGAGGAAGUGGAUUCUUCUGCUCCCAUCUUUCCAUGGGUGAAUGUCUGUGGCCAGAAUGGAAACUACUGUCUUUACUUUCAUUUCUGGGGAGAUGUUCUUUGAUCUGGGUCUAUGGCUCUAACCAGGCUCUUUUUAAGGGAUGUGUCACUCAUGAGGGAAGGGUGCACUGCAUUACAGAGGCAUGUUGCAUCAACUUCCCACAUGGACUACUGUAAAAUGCUCUAAUGGAGCUGUCCUUGGAGAUUAUUUGGAAACCAUGAUUCUGUCUGAACUUGGCUUGAAGUGCAAGGAACAGAUAAAUGGAGGUUCCACAUGGUUCUUCGCUUUCCAGCGGGUAUCUAGGAUAAAUGCAAAAGUGCAGACAAUCAUUCCCCUUCUU